GUCGAGGCGAGCGCGUGAGCGGAACCUACAGGUGUGUUGCUGCCAACUGAGCCGCGGCUCCUGGAGACUCACACACCUGGAAAUUACCAUGUGACUCGGCACCUGGGCGUGGAGAAAAGUCCCCGAUAUUGAAACCAGAGACUCUUUUGUUGAGGAGUUGCCCGGGUCGCGUUUGAACAGGAAUUGACAAAUCGCUCCACCAAGUAGCCCGUGUUUUCUGCGGAAUAGUGCCUUUCUGAAGCGCCUCACAGGACGUGUGAGGAGAGUAAAAUGUGAACUUGCUUACGGACUUUUCUUUUUUUAUUCCUAUUCUUAUUUCGGCAGGGGGAGUUCUUCGGUAUCUGGACUGACUCUCAUCGCUCUUUUUCCUCCAAGAGCCCAAGCCCUUAAUGAAGCUGGGGGUCAGCGGCAGUGUGCGGCUAAUUGGCCAAGUUUGCCCGGGGCUCCAGCUGCCUGUGAUUGAAGUGUCCAGUGAGGGCCCGCUGUGCAGCCGCCGCUGCACCCUGCUCUGUUCCACUCCAACAGCCAAGACGCUCACUGCACCCCUGUCUGCCUCUCCCUAAGAUGGCGAGCUGGGUCUCCCUCCUCCUCUUUCUCAUCUGCAAGUCAGUCGCACGAGCCCAGGAGGAGAGUAACAACAUCCCCAUCCUGGAGUUCACCUCUGAGACCGCCAUUAACAAUGUGGUCCAGGACCCCCAGACCGGUCGCAUCUACCUGGGAGCGGUCAACACCAUCUUCCAGCUGGGACCGUCGCUCCGCCUGCAGGCUCGUGCCGAGACGGGACCCAAAGAGGACGCCCGGACCUGUACGCCUCCUGCUUCUGCAUGCCAGGACACGAAGCCCAUGCCCAACCUCAACAAGCUUCUGCUGGUCCACCCGUCCAACGGUACCCUUGUAGUCUGCGGUAGCCGCUACCGGGGCAUCUGCUCCCUCCUCAACCUGACCAACGUGGAACAGCAGCUCUAUUACAGUGACAGUAAAGGAGAGAGGACUUACGUGGCUAGCAUAGAGGAUAACGUGAACGUGGUGGGCGUCAUGUCCACUUACGUUAAAGAUGGGCACACCUUCAGUGUGUUUCUUGUUGGGAAAGGCUACGGAAGCCUGGACAGCACAAAACUCAUCAGCACACGAAUCCUUCAGGACUUCCGUGAUUGGGUCGUGUUUGAGAGCAUCAUUGAGGCAUCAACAGUACAGACGACGCCAUUUGUUCCCAAGUACCUGCAUGACUUUCGCCUUGCCUUCAAAGAGGAUGGUUUUGUUUAUUUCCUCUUUUCACGAACACUUGACGGUACGGAUAAUAAGAACCUGACCUUUGUGUCUCGCCUUUGCGAAGACGACCACCAUUACUAUUCCCACACGGAGCUCCAGUUAAACUGCGGCCCAAAUAACAGAUACAACAAAGUCCAAGCUGCGUAUGUGGCCUUUCCAGGAAAAGAGCUUGCACGGUUCAUGACCGAAUCAGGUACGUAUGGGAAGGUCGACUCCUGGAACAAAGUCCUGUUCAUGGUGGCGAGUCCAGAUGACGACGACAACAACUCUGCUCUCUGCAUGUACCCACUCAACUCCAUCAAUGAGCGGCUGAGGGACAUCAUCAGCGCCUGCUACAGCGACUCGGGGAAGAUUUCCGGGUUUCCUGCUGUGGACAUCCCUUACUCGUCCAAAACUGACGAAUUCUGCACAUCGAAAAUGGCUAAGGACACGUUGGAGAACUUCAAGUGUGGUGCAGACUUCCUGCCUUCCCCUCUGGCCAGCAAGCCGAAAUUCGCCUUAAAGGCAGAUGCAGUGUUGUCCAAGUCGGGCCUUCUGACCUCCGUGGCCGUCGCAGUGGAGAACGAUCACACCAUCGCCUUCCUGGGGAACAGCCAGGGGGAAGUCUUCAAGGUACACCUGACCACUGAGCCAUAUGUGUACAGCAAGGCUCCUGGUGACACCAUGGGAGAGAAGGUCAAUAAGAACCUUUUCUUUGAUCUCAGUCAGAGCCACCUCUACAUUACCACAGAGAAAAAGAUCACCAAGGUGCCGGUACAGACGUGCCUCCAAAAGAAAGACUGCCAAUCUUGUGUGGAACUGAGGGACCCUUACUGUGGAUGGUGUGUCCUGGAGGGCAGGUGUACCAGGAGGUCUGAGUGCCGACGGGCAGAGGAGAAGAAUGGCUGGCUGUGGAGCCCCAGGCAGCAGUGUGUCAAGAUUGUCUCCUUCUAUCCCCCGAACCUUUCCUGUAAAAAGACUCAGAAGGUGAAGAUCAACAUCCCGUCCCUUCCCACAAUCGGGCCGUCUGACCAUCUGCACUGCACCAUCCAAUCUUUCCAGAGCGAGGGCACCAUGUCUGACUCUGGUCAGGUCUCCUGCGAUCUGCCCAAUCCUUCUCUCAUACCACAAACACCCGAGGACCAAGACUUUGUGGCCGUGCCGGUCAAGAUUUUCGUCAACAAGACGGUGGAGCUGGCCACGCGGGAGUUCAAGUUUUAUAACUGUGCUGCCACAGUGAGGAAAUCUGAAAACACACCGUGCAUGUCAUGUGUGGCCAGUUCGUGGGGUUGCCAGUGGAAUACGCGCGACCACACCUGCAGCGACAUGGACGACAGCGUGACGGGCUCCAACAUCAUCCGGCACCGUCAGGGAGCCAAGUGUCCUCAGUUUGAGAAUCCAGAUCCUGUGCUGAUCCCUGUGGGCUACAAGACUCACAUCAGCUUCGAGGGGAUCAAUUUGGACCUCUACCAGGGUCGUGUUUUCACCAUCGGCACUGAGCUGAUGAAAAACGCGGAGGAAGAGGUCAAUUAUGAGGGCGGGCCGUUUUACACCUUCAGCGGCUUUAAUUUUUCUUACGAUAAGUCACCGGAGACCAAUGUUCUCUUCUACGUGAAGGACAAGGAGUCAGGCAAGAAGAUGGACAGCACGCUGAACGUCACCCUGUACAACUGCUCCAUGGGGAGGGAGGACUGCAGUCUCUGCAAGAACGCCGACCCAAAGUACCGGUGUGUGUGGUGCGCCAAGCAGAAGGCAUGCGUGUACGAGAAGCUGUGCAAUCCCGACCAACAGGGCUCCGAGGAUCCUUACAACGUCGAGUGCCCCGACCCCCAGAUCACUAACAUCAUCCCUCUUUUCGGUCCCCUGCUGGGAAGAAUCUCCAUCACCAUCCGGGGCUCCAACCUUGGCAUCCACAAGGAAGACAUUAAAAGCAUCACUGUGGUCGGGGAGCCCUGCAACCAUCAGAAGGAGAAGUACUCUGUCUCCACAAGUGUCGUGUGUGAGAUCGGCCCUAUUGACCCUACAACCCAGCACUGGGGCCAGGUGGAGGUGGAGGUGAAGGGGGGGAAAAGAGGGACCUCCUCCAUGUACUUCACCUACAGGGACCCAAUUCCCGAGGGGGUGAAGCCCUCCAGAGGUCCUAAAGCUGGGGGCACCCUCAUUACUAUUUCUGGACAGUUUCUGGACACUGGCAGUAAGGAUGAUGUCCAGGUUUCCAUCGGAGGGGCGGACUGCACUGUGGAGCGCUUCGGAGCAGAGAUCACGUGCAGGACAGGAGAAUACCGAGCAGAUAAGGUGCCCUCCGACCCUCUCACCGUCACAGUGAAGUAUGGAAAGAGUACCACAACAACCAUCCCAAGUGCCUUCCAGUUUUUGGAAAAUCCCACCGUGCUGGACCACCACCCCAAAGGAAGCUUUGUCUGUGGAGGGAGGAACAUUGUGGUGACUGGCUCCGGCUUUGACCUUAUCCAGACUGCUGUCAUGAAGGUCCACGGAGACAACACGACAGCUUUUGAGAACGCCCACGAGAAAAACGACACAGUCAUCCAGUUUCGGUCUCCAACGGUGAACAACUCCCUGAACCAGCACUUCAGAACGUACAUCCAGCUGGACAACUGGGUGAAGGAGCUGAAGCCCUUCGAUUACCACCCUGACCCCGUCUUCAACGAGCUGAUCAAGAAGGUCAUCACCGAGGCCAGCAUCAUCAUCGUCACUGGUCGCGGAUUCUCCAAAGCGAUGACGGCCAAAGAAGCUCAAGCCUUUGUGGGCGACGUCCCCUGUUUGGUCAACACGCUUCAGGAUGACAAGCUGUUUCUGGACCCACCUUCCACGCCGCCCCGCGCCCGCUCCAGACGGCACCGCAGGGACACCCGGCCUGAGCUGCUGGACUUAACGAUCAAGUUCGGGAAAGGGGAGUGGGUGGUCGGCUCGGUGCAAUACGAGAAGAAGAAUGAUUUGUCGCUCUACAUCAUCAUCCCUGCUGUCAUUGUGCCCAUGCUGCUCAUCAUCGCUAUCUCGGUCUACUGCUACAGGAGGAAGAGUCAGCAGGCGGAGAGGGAGUACGAGAAGGUGAAGCAUCAGCUUGAGAAUCUGGAGGAAAGCGUUCGCGACCGCUGCAAGAAAGAAUUCACAGACUUGAUGAUCGAGAUGGAGGACCACACCAACGACCUGAGCGAGGGACGGAUCCCCUUCCUGGACUACAAAACCUACACAGACCGCGUCUUCUUCCUGCCCUCUAAGGACGGCGCCAAUGAUGUGAUGAUUACGGGAAAGCUAGACAUCCCAGAGGCUCGACGGCCCACAGUGACUCAGGCGCUCAACCAGUUCUCCAACCUCCUGAACUCCAAGACCUUCCUCAUUAAUUUUAUCCGUACCCUGGAGCGCAGUCAUGACUUCAACGCCAGGGCCAAGGUGUACUUUGCCUCCCUGCUGACAGUGGCCCUGCACGGGAAGCUGGAAUACUACACCGACAUCAUGAGGACGCUGCUGCUGGAGCUGAUGGGGGAAUACGUCCACAGCAAGAACCCUAAACUCAUGCUGCGCAGGUCAGAGACAGUGGUGGAAAGGAUGCUGUGUAACUGGAUGUCUAUCUGUCUGUACCAGUUUCUCAAGGACUCUGCAGGCGAGCCCUUGUACAAACUGUUCCGAGCCAUCAAGCACCAGAUCGAGAAAGGGCCUGUGGAUGCCAGAGUGAAGAAAGCCAAGUACACCCUCAACGAUACCGGCCUGUUAGGCGACGAUGUAGAGUACUCUGUCCUGACCCUGCAAGUGCUGGUGCAGGGCGAGGGUCCAGACGUGACGCCCGUCAAGGUGCUGAACUGUGACACCAUCUCGCAGGUGAAGGAGAAGAUCAUAGAGCAGGUGUACAGGAACCUGCCGUACUCCCAGCGGCCCAAGGUCGACAGUGUCACAUUAGAGUGGCGCCCGGGCUCAACAGGGCAGAUUUUGUCAGAUCUGGACUUGACUUCCCAGAAAGAGGGCAGGUGGAAACGCAUCAACACUCUGGCGCACUACAACGUGCGAGAUAACGCCACAUUAGUCUUGUCCAGAGUGCUUCACACUCAGCAGAACUAUGACCAGAACCAGGAAAACCACGAAGAGCGGAAUGCUCUGUUGGAAGAUGACAAGGUGUUUCACUUGGUGCGGCCGGCAGACGAACUGGAUGAGAUCAAAUCUAAACGAGGAAGCAUAAAGGACAAGUCGAUGACCAAAGCCAUUACAGAGAUCUAUCUAACACGACUCCUUUCUGUCAAGGGAACGCUGCAGCAGUUUGUGGAUGACUUCUUCCGCAGCGUGCUGUGCUCUGGGGCUGUGGUGCCACCAGCUGUCAAAUAUUUCUUUGACUUCCUGGACGAGCAAGCGCUGAAACACAACAAUGUGGAUGAGGAGACCAUCCACAUCUGGAAGACGAAUAGCCUUCCUCUGCGGUUCUGGGUGAACAUCCUCAAGAAUCCCCACUUCAUCUUCGACGUCCACGUGUCUGAAGUGGUGGACGCAUCGCUCUCUGUCAUCGCCCAGACCUUCAUGGACGCCUGCACCAAGAGCGAGCACAAACUCAGCCGGGACUCUCCAAGUAACAAACUACUCUAUGCAAAGGAGAUCUCCACCUACAAGAAGAUGGUGGACGAUUACUACAAGGGCAUCAGGCAGAUGGUACCCGUCAGCGACCAGGACAUGAACACACAUCUGGCAGAGGUGUCACGGUCUCACACAGACAAACUGAACACACAAGUGGCUCUCCAUCAGCUUUACCAGUACGCCAGCAAAUACUAUGAUGGGAUCAUCGCAUCCCUAGACGAGGACCCAGCUGCCCAGAGUAAACAGCUGACCCUGCGGCUCCAGCAGAUAGCAGCCGCCCUGGAAAACAAAGUGACUGAUCUCUAACCCACCGAGUGGAGGGCGGGAGGGAGGGAGGGAAUGGUAGGAUACUGCCAGUGACUACAGGGGCUUAUUUCUUCUUUUAGAGAAUAAAACAUGGAAAUAAGGGUGAGAAGGGACUUGUGUAGGUGUGUAUAUUGUACAACUUGGCCCUGGGACAACUGUCUGUACUGUGGAGUAACAGGGACUAAUGAAAUGCAGAUAGAGAGCAAAAAGGGGAAGAAAAUGAUGGGUUACACUGUCAUAGGUACGCCUUAAAGCUCACUUGCCAAACCUUAAAGGUCUGCGCGCUCACUCAUGCGUCACUGAAUAUUGCUCCCACAAUGCAGUGCGGUAGACCACUCUCUGAGAAUUAAGCCCCUCUGUGGAGCACUGGCACAGGAGAUAAUCAGAUGUUCAAUUUCUUUCUGUGUAGAAAAGGUUUUAAGAAUUGUAUUAUAUAUUUUUUUUAUUGUGCAGUCUUUAUGCGGAAAGCUUUAUAAGGAAAAAAAAUUAUCUUUUUAAAUGGAUCACCUUGUGGUGCGGAUAGUGUUUUUAUUAGCCUGUGUGUGCGUAGAUGUCUGUGUGGAGUACAACAUGUGAGCAAGAGCGUGCGUUGCUAAGCUUGAGUGUGUGUGUGUGUGUGUGUGUGAGUGAGUGUGCGGGAAUGUGUGUGCACACACAGGAUGCCUACUGUCAGGCGUGAGGGCGAAGGGACGCCUGCUUUCUGUCAUUUUAAUCCCCCAUACCCAGUGACACACUGGAGCCUGCGCUCUCACUGAGCUUUUUGACAGAGACCAAAGGGUCCUCACACGGACACUGGUUAAUCUAGCAAUGUACAGGCUCACAUGAAUGACGGGUCACCAGUAGUUUCAGAAAUGCUUGAGUUAAAUUCUUCGCUUUUGACUUAGAUUUGCUUCAAGCCGGAUCGCCAUUUGUGCUCAUGGAAGUCGAUAAUAGCACAGUCUGUCUCCCUUUAUUGUACAGUGCCAUGAUACAUUCCACUUCAACUAAAGCACAGAAGGACAUUUCAGACGUUUUCUAGGACAUUUCAGUUAAUGAGUCUUUCCAGAUAUUUUUCUUUGCUGUAAAACUUUUGUUCUUUUUGUCAGCAGGAAGCAACCUUGUUCUGCCAUGGAGCCAUGUCACUCAUAUUAGCGCCGCAAUAAUGUCAGAAUACCAUAUGAGCCACAAUCGACAGUCACAUUAGCUUACUAAGUGUAUUCACAUACAGUAGCAAUUCAGCAAUAUGUUAGAGAAAUUUCCAAAUUGAUUCAUGCAUCAUUAGUGUUCAUGAUUUUUAGUGCUAUUUUUUAGUAUUAUUCGUGUAACGUUCCAAAUAAUGAUCAAGCAUUCUGCCUCGAAAGCUAUGAAAUAGCCUAUUGUUGAUGGUAAUUACCUGCCAGAUAUGCAGUUGGUACUUAAAUGGUAUGUUUUGAACAAAUUACAGUGGUUUUAGCCUUUUUAUGAUGUUGGUGAGGUCAGGAUCAAUCAUGUACAUAAUUGUUACACUAAUUGAAAUGUUGAUAUGUCAGUGUCAGAGCCGAGGUGUCGACAGGGUAGGAAUGAGGGUUUGAUAUUUCUUGGGCCAUUAAACACCACCACGUUUCAUCCCUAAAUUAUAGGUUUUGCUGUUGACAGAUGAUUUAAUUGUGCUCCCUGUAUCUGAUCAUGGAUGUGUGUAGUUGACAGAGCGUAACGAGCUCCAGAGACCCCAGAAUGUUAACGAUUCCUGCCUUGGCCAGAGAGAGGUUUGCACAGACCUCGAGCCUGCCUGCCUGCCUGCCUGCCGUCUCAGCAUGGCACCCUGGCACCCCGACCAACAGCACUUGGCACUGCCCACUCAGCGCAGUGCAGAGUGGCACUCUGUAUAAUGGAAUCAGCAGGGGAGGCUUUUGAUCUUAAUUGCAUGCCGACUGCAGAAUCCAUCCUUGUCUCCGCUGUUGUUUACUGCUGACUCCUCUCUCACUGACAGAGUUGAUGCAAGAAGCUUCUUUCAGAGCCUUUCUUUAACCAAAAAUGUGCCUUAUUAAAUAGGAUGAUACAUAUAUAUUGUUUCUAAAUUAUUCUAUUGGUAACCUAGGUGAUUAUGAUGAUGAUAGUGCUAUAGACACAGCAAUGUACUUGGACUCGUGAUAUUAUGUGUGCUGUCUAAAACGCUAGAUGCCCUGCUGCAGCCAUUUGCGUGCCAAUAGGCUGAAGAUAUUUCAGUAUGAUUUCUUUUAUGGUUGCAGUUUUGAUGUGUGCGUUUCCUUUGGGUGUCUGUGGCGUGUGCUUAGUAGGACUUUGGUGGCUAAGGCAAAAGGCCAAAAUGAAUAAAUGUAAAACAGUGGCCAAUGUGAUUUGGGUUUCCCUUGAAAAUGUCUGGCAUUCCUAAAUUAGUCUGAAAUCAAAGGGUAUCUUUAUGUAGAUUGAAUAUAGCGCAAAAUUGUUCCUACGAUGUUACUUUUUUUUUUUUGCCCUGUGUUUCUACGCUACUCUACAGUGUGUACGAUAAAUGACCAUCUAUACUCGACAAAUGACCUUUCUUACUGCUGUGCAGUUAUUAUUUUUAUUUCUUGUUUCCUAUACCAUAUAAAUCUUUGUAAAACAUGUUGAAAUACUGUAUUCUAACUGUAUAAUCCUAUGCAUUGAGUCCUGGGACAAAAAAAACAAAAGAGAAAAAAAACUGUUUGUGCAGUUGUCGAGACUUUUUUCCAUUUUGAAACUUGUGAAUGUGCUGUAAUGAUAAAAGAAACUGGGACACUCCAUUUUCAGUACAGGACCAUUAAUGGAAGCCAGUGUUUCCCUCCCAGUCCAAGGCAGCUCAGAAGAUUCUCGAUCUUGUACCUGAUCUGGUUGUACUGGAUGAACUUAAUUUUAAAAAGUUGUGUGUGGACGGAGCAGUCACCCACAGGUUUCAUCAUACACUCCUCCGUGAAUAAACUCAGAGACAUAUACGCCCUUCA